AUGACAGAGUCUGCUCCUAGGUCAAAUGAAUCAUCUCUUGAAAAUCCUAUCAGUGUUGUCACAAUGACAUAUCCUAUUGUAACCACCACCAUUCAGGAUUCUAUCAAUCCCUCUCAAGAUGUGGUAGCAGGUGAGGAUGAUGAUUCAACUUUGCCACCAUGGUUGUUUUCCAAUGCACCCAAAAGAAAGAAGCAGACCGUUUCUCCUGAAGAUUUUGAUUUCAGUCAACUUGUUGUCGUCAAACCUAAGAGUACCAAGAAGGCUAAAAAUCUAUCAAGGGUGAAGCCUUAUCAACAAUCCACUCUCAAGAGGAGUGGUGCAAAGAAGUUAAAGCCAUGCUACUAUGGACCUUUUAGAGUUAUCAGGAGGGUUGGUGAGGUGGAUUAUGAGUUAGAGUUGCCGAUAGACAGUAAGGUACAUAAUGUGUUUCAUGUGUCUCACCUCAAAAGGGCAUUGGGAUAUAAUGUGGCACCUUUAGCAGAGUUACCUCCUUUGGAUGAUGAGGGGAAAAUUAUUUUGGUUCUUAAGGCCAUUCCUGAUAUCAGGGAGCAUACUUUACGGACACAGGUCAUCAUAGAGUAUUUGGUAAAAUGGAAGAAUUUGCUGGUAGAGGAUGCUACAUGGGAGGGCAAGAAUAUUCUUAAGAAUCCUUACAAGUAA